AUGACUGAGACGUGCGAGAAACCCUGUGAAGCGAACCGGGGUGUCAACGGGGCUGAAUCACAUAUCCCGGAAGAGGACGAGACGCUCCAGUCCCCGGGGCCGGCGUCCGACGUAGACAUCCUUACCCCCGAGCCGUCCAUCAACAGGGACGAGCCGGGGGUUCCAAGAGAGGAGCAGACAGCUAUUGCAAUCCUAAAGGUCAUCGAGAGCUAUGGGGUGAACUAUGAGAAGACGGGCGAAUCAUGGAAGGGCCUCUCUUCUUUCAUCCCUACCGUUCUAGAGCAAGUCAAGAAAUGCGAGCCUGUCCGCAUGGUCCUCCCUGCUUUCCCCUUCAAGUCCCCCAAUGCACGAGACAAAGUCCUCGGCGUUCUUCCGGACAUGGGCGAGGAGCUGGCCCUGCACCACCUCAACGGACUGUGCCGGAAUAUCGCACAAGUAUACGAGCCAGGUGCAGACGCGUAUAUCAGCUCGGACGGCUUGGUGUACAACGCAGACAUCCUGGGCGUGACCGACGAGACGGUGUGGGAAUACGGCGAGACCCUGCGGAAGAUGGCCGUCGAGCAGGAACUGCACCACGUUAAGUUUAUCCGGCUAUUCGAGCUUCUCGAGCACCCCUGGAUCAAGACAAGCAACCCCGAAGAAGCCAAGGCGCAUUACCUGGCGCACGCCAACUGCCUGCGUCGGGAGCUCGUGUACCGAUUCGGUGACCCGACCUUUGAUGCGGCCGAGGCCAUCCGCAACGACAACGACACCUGCCUGACGUACCGCGGGUACAUCAAGUUCCUGACCAAGGAUCUGGCACAUCAGGAAGACAAGCAGUUCACGACGAAGAAGGCCCGCCAGGCGCGCAUCGCUGACAUUGCGCGCAGUAUGAUCGUCCGCGGAAAGUCAUUUGCCUCUGCGAUCAAGGCCAAUCGCGGCGACUACGUGCGCCUCUCGAUCCAUGAAUCCAAUGGCGAGCGUAAACUCUCCAUCUCCCUGGUUCCCCAGGUCCGCGGUGCCCUUGGGUACACACCCUGGCACUCGUCUAUCGCCGUCAACACCAACGGCACGUUCUGCACUGUGCAUGCUGAAGACGUGCGCGAGACGCACGACCUGAUCUACAAGAACGGUCGUCCGUAUUACUUCCGCGAGCGAUCGGAUCUCUUCGACUGGCAUGCCGACGGGCUCACCGUCAAAUUCGAGCACCUCUACCCCUGCGGGCUGAUCAUCCGCCCCGUCGAUAUCGACGACAGCCGCGCCCCGCCCUCUAUCCGAUCCAUCCCCAUGCGCAAGGUCCGUCAGCUCUCCAACACGUUCUCGCCAGUCGUUCUCCGCGGCUUCGCCGACUCCCUCAACGAAGAAGACUAUCUGGCAACCGCCUCCGAGCUAGGCACCAUCCUCCCCUGGAGCUUCGGGGUGAUCCAGAAAGUGCGGGACGCGGGGCGGACUGACAAGCUCGGCAACAACGUCACCUCAAACGAAGCCAUGCCCAUGCACUUUGACGGCAUGUUCAAAUUCGAAGACCACACCGAUCCUGUCACAGGGGAGACUAGCCGGGUUCAAAAGCCCCCAGGGUUCCAGUACUUCACCUGUCCAGCCACCGCCCCGAAAGGCAGCGGGUACACGCUGUUUGCCAGCUCGCGCCUCCUCUUCCGCUACCUGCCUCUCCCGUGGACCGCAGAGCGUCUCCAGCCUGUUACAUGGGCAAUGGACAACGACGGGUUCUGGGACGCCAAACUCAAGAGUCUGCCGCUUAUCGUGACGCACAAGGUCACGGGCUUGCCCUGCGUGCGCUGGCACCAGCCAUGGGACAAGACAAAGACCAAAUUCUCGACUUGUGCAGUGCACGUCGAGAACGAGGAUCAGUCGCUGGUGGAUGUCAUUGAUCGCAUGACAUAUGACUAUCGUGUCUGUCUGCGGUUUGAGUGGGAGAGGGGUGACAUGCUUGUUAGUGACAACACGAGCAUGCUGCACACGCGGACGGGGUAUAAGAGUCGAUGUGAUCGGGAGUUGUGGCGGAUUCAUGUUGAUUAGUAUAGUUUUGUAUUUUCCUUGUCGAAGUGUGUUUGCGUCUGUUUCCAAGAAUGUUUGUGUCUCAUUCCAAGUACAUUCUGCGUGUUUAUUGUUUUGUUUAAACCUCGUCCAGUUUCAGAAUGAUUUCCUUUCCUUUCCUUUCCUCCUUCUUGUCUCCCAGGGCAAUCU